AUGAAUAAGAAAGACGCCAAGCAUUGAGAUAGUAUCGGUGCUUCGUUGUGCACAAUAAAAAAGCGGAGCCAAGCUCUUGGGCGAACAAUAAUCGUCAACAAGAGCGGGGAUCGAGCGCACAACGUCCGAGUCUUAUAUCGACACCAUCGCCUGGCUGCUCUCUCUCUCUCUCUCGUCUUUCGUCUCCCAAAGUCCCAACGGCAGUACACCGUCAACUUUCGUUACGCGCGUCCUCUCACAUCCACUAUACACUGCACUUGUAUACAACUAACAAGCUUAUUUUUGACUCCGCACCACAAGUCGUAUGGGCAGCCUCGCAUAAUAACGAUCCCGUAACGAUACUCGAGUAUAAAGUAAUUGAAUGAUGAAAUAACGGCUCGACAGAAUAAACAAAGAAAAGAAAAAGAAAAGAAAAGAAAAGCGUAAAGAUGCAAGGAGGCGUGUCUUCCUUGUUGGUCGGACUGUUGCUGGCCAUCAGUCGAGUUAAUGGCGAGUGGCACGAGGAUACGGGGCCUUGGGUCAUUGCCACGAGAGGCGAGCCUUGGCCUUUACCUUCGUCGAGGCUGCUGUUCACCGACUAUUACAGUCUCGACGCUGCUACCUUCAAAUUCAAGGUCGUACAGGAAAAUUGUGACGUGAUCGAGGAGGCGGUGAAACGUUACCAGAACAUCAUAAAGCACGAGUCCCACUUGGCUGAGAAAUACAGCAAAUAUGCGGACAACAGCGUCCCGGUCGCCAGCAGAUCCGUCUCAGCUCUGGAAAUUCGUCUGGGCCAACCUUGCGAGCAAUACCCGAAUCUUGGAUCCGACGAAUCUUACGACUUGAACGUUCCCAAAGGUUUGAACGGCACCACGGUAACUCUGAACUCCAACUCCGUGUGGGGCAUACUGCGGGGCCUCGAGACCUUCUCGCAACUCCUUGUCCACUCGAACAACGGAGCCGAACUCGUGGUGAGGGGCCAGUCGAUCUCGGACAAGCCAAGGUUCGGCCAUCGGGGCCUACUGCUCGACACGUCGCGGCACUACCUGCCCCUCGGGGACAUCCUCGAGACCCUCGAGGCCAUGUCGUACAACAAACUGAACGUACUGCACUGGCACAUCGUCGACGACAACAGUUUCCCCUACGUCAGCACAUCGUUCCCCGAUCUGUCGGCCAAGGGGGCUUACCACCCUACCAUGGUAUACACGCCCGAGGACGUGAAAAUGGUGGUGGAGCACGCGAGGACCAGGGGUAUACGCGUCGUGCCCGAAUUCGACACUCCCGGCCACACAAAGUCCUGGGGCUCCGCGUAUCCCCAAUACCUCACGGCUUGUUACGACGCCAACGGCAAGCCAUCGGGGAAACUUGGGCCGAUGAAUCCGCUGAACGAGCAACUGUACGACUUCAUGAGGACCCUACUGAGGGAAGUGGCCUCGAGUUUUCCGGACAAGUACGUUCAUCUUGGCGGUGACGAGGUCCUGUUCAACUGUUGGAUGAGCAACCCCGAGAUCAGUAGGUACAUGGAGCGCAACAACAUGACCACCAAUUAUCAAAAGCUCGAGGAGAUGUUCGUGAAGCGGGUCCUAGACAUCGUGGCCGAUCUCGAGGGCAAGGCCAUCGUGUGGCAGGAGGUUUUCGACAAUGGGCUGAAGUUGCGCGAAGGCACGGUCGUCCAAGUGUGGACCGGGUCUUGGAGCAGGGAGAUGUUCGACGUGACCGAUGCCGGUUACCCGGCCCUGCUGUCCACUUGUUGGUACCUGGACCACGUCGCCGGAGGUGGCGAUUGGUUGAAGUACUACAGGUGCGAGCCUCUCGCCUUUGGCGGCUCGGAGAAACAGAGGAACCUGGUUAUGGGCGGUGAAGCCGCCAUGUGGGGGGAAUUUGUUGACAAGAACAACGUUCAUUCGAGAAUUUGGCCGAGGGCGUCGGCCGUGGCGGAGAUUUUGUGGAGCCCUGGCGCCCAAAACGAGACGGAGGCCGCCGAGCGUCUGGAGGAGCACGCGUGUCGGAUGAACAGGCGCGGGAUACCGGCCCAACCGCCGAACGGCUCUGGUUUUUGCUUGUCAUGAAUCGGGUGAGGAAAAAGAGGCUGAAAAUUUUCAUUCGUUUUCAAACGAAUGUGCAAAAUCAAAGGUUUCAACGAGUUGACUUUGAUUAUUAAUUUCAUGAAUAUAUAUUUAUAUACACGUUUGUCGAGAAGAAAGAAUGAAAGAACCGCUUUCUCAUGUUUCCAAUAGAUUUUACUUUUACACAUCAACUUAGAAGUAAUCUACCCUAAUAAGUCUGUGUAUGGAACAAAAGAAAAUUUUAAUUUUUGGAUUAAAUCAAAGAUUAACGUUUUAUGCAUUUUUUCUUCCAUAACUGCUUGUGGCCCAUCAUCAAUAUAUUACAAUCACAAAAAU